CGUCAGUUUUCGGGCGAGGAGGCAGUGUAAAUCUUCUGUAUUUCCCUGCGGGACUGCCAAAAAGAAAACUGAAAAAUGGCCAGCAAGGAACAUGUUUUGGCUGUCUCAAGGGACUACAUAUCCCAACCACGUCUGACAUACAAGACAGUGUCUGGUGUGAAUGGUCCCCUGGUCAUCCUUGAUGAAGUCAAGUUUCCCAAGUUCUCUGAGAUCGUGCAGCUUAAGCUCGCAGAUGGCAGCCUCCGCUCUGGACAGGUGCUGGAAGUCAGCGGCUCCAAGGCCGUGGUGCAGGUGUUCGAGGGCACCUCGGGCAUCGACGCCAAGAACACGCUCUGCGAGUUCACUGGUGACAUCUUGAGGACACCCGUCUCUGAGGACAUGUUGGGGCGUGUGUUCAACGGAUCCGGCAAGCCCAUCGACAAGGGACCCCCCAUCUUGGCCGAGGAUUUCCUCGACAUCCAGGGUCAGCCCAUCAACCCCUGGUCCCGUAUCUACCCAGAGGAAAUGAUCCAGACUGGUAUCUCGGCCAUUGACGUGAUGAACUCCAUCGCUCGCGGGCAGAAGAUCCCCAUCUUCUCCGCUGCCGGUCUGCCUCACAACGAGAUCGCCGCUCAGAUUUGUAGACAGGCCGGUCUCGUCAGGGUGCCCGGCAAAUCGGUACUCGACGACCACGAGGACAAUUUCGCCAUCGUAUUCGCCGCUAUGGGUGUCAACAUGGAAACCGCCCGGUUCUUCAAGCAGGACUUCGAGGAGAAUGGCUCUAUGGAGAACGUGUGCCUCUUCUUGAACUUGGCCAACGACCCAACCAUCGAGAGAAUUAUCACACCACGUCUGGCGCUUACCGCUGCCGAGUUCUUGGCUUACCAAUGCGAGAAACACGUGUUGGUCAUCUUGACUGACAUGUCUUCGUACGCCGAGGCCUUGCGUGAGGUGUCCGCCGCCCGUGAGGAGGUACCUGGACGACGUGGUUUCCCAGGUUACAUGUACACGGAUUUGGCUACUAUCUACGAGCGCGCCGGGCGUGUGGAGGGCCGCAACGGCUCCAUCACCCAGAUCCCCAUCCUCACUAUGCCGAACGACGACAUCACCCAUCCCAUCCCUGACUUGACGGGUUACAUCACUGAGGGACAGAUCUACGUGGACCGCCAGCUGCACAAUCGUCAAAUCUACCCUCCGGUGAACGUGCUGCCGUCGCUGUCGCGUCUCAUGAAGUCCGCCAUCGGCGAGGGCAUGACACGCAAGGACCACUCCGACGUCUCCAACCAGCUGGUCAGUUCAUUUUCUUCUCAGAAUUUAUUUACCAUCUAUAUUAGGUUAUUAGACCAAUAACAACACCCUUGACAC